GAUCUAAUAAAAUAUAAAGAGAUAACGGAACUGCACAAAAAUUUGGAUCUGUAUUUUGAGAAAUUGUUGGAAAAUGAAAAAAUGUUAGAGCAUAUUUUAAAAAAAGUAAACAUCUUCAAAUUGCUAUCAGGGGUUCUAACUCUCACGGUCUUUGCAGUCAUCGCAUUUCAAAUUAUCGCUCCACUGAUCUUCAUAAUCAAUUGUAAGGUUCAUCAUGUUGAAAUAAAGAAAUAUCCGCUGAUAUACCCCGGAAAUUAUCCUGGAUUUUUGUACUUAGCCCAUUUUACACUAGAAACAUUUGGGACAUUUGCAUUAUUUUUUGUAACAACGAGCGUGGAUUCGUUAUUUACGCUUUAUAGUUUCCAAAUAAUUAGCCAACUGAGGGAAAUGUCUUAUUGCAUCACGCAUAUUGACAGCGACGACGAUAGUGGAAAAUACAUUUUUCACAGGUGUAUAAUCCAGUAUCAAAAAUUAAUCAAAUGUGUCAAACUUAUGGAGGCUAUUUACGGUCCAGUCGUACUUUGGAUGAUGGGCACAAAUGCUCUUAUACUUUGUGCUUUAUUAUUUCAGUUAUCAAAGAUGAAAACUAUCACAAUUAUUCAAGGCAUUUUGUUUACGUUAUAUGUAAUAUUGAAAUUAUUGCAAACGUUUAUGUAUGCAUGGUGUGAUUCUUGUUUGACAGAAGAGGAUGCUGUUUAUUCUGCAAACUGGCAGGGGAAAAAACAUUUAAUGAGUUCAAUAGUAAUAAUAAUUACACAGAAGCCGUUGGCUAUCACAAUUUUUAAUUAUUCAACUCUUUCUGUUAAUAAUUGUGUAACUAUUGUUGAUACAGCAAUUUCAUACUAUAUUUUAUUACAAUCACUUAAUAACAAGGAAUUAAA